CUGGCAAGUACAUCUGUGACAUCUGUCUACUAAUCUAGAUCUACCGUGUCUAGUGUAGAAUUUUAGAGUCUAGAUCUGGAUCAAUAAAUGGGGACGAAAUUACCUGCAGCUAUUCUAACAUUUAACAUCUGUAAUCAUACAAAAAAAGAUGAGCACUAAAUCUAAGACAUUUUUUUGUGACACUGAACAGACAGGAUUUUCACUUAGCAAUCAUGCUUUAAAAACUAGACUUGCCAAUGCUGAAACAGAUACAGAGUUGAUAAUGCAGCAGUUAGAAGAAAUGGGGUUCAGUCCAAACUUAAACUAUAACAAAGAACUUCCUUCAAUGAAAAGAGGCAAUACAAACGUCUUAAAGGAAUAUUGUCAAACACUAAACAACAACUGCUCUUAUAAUCAAUCUAAUACAUCUUUAAAGAACUCUGAAUAUCUGAGUGAAAUGCAAAGAUUACAAAGUGACAUUGAUUGUGAAGAUAGUAAAGAAUGUAAUGAGGACCAUGCACAUUCACAGUGUAGCUCAAGCUCAGAAAAACUCAGUAAAAGCUCAAAGCACAGGCCAGUUACACCAUUAUCUCUGCGCAGAUCCCCAUCUUCUAAAAGAAUAGAUGUUCAAGAUAUAUCAAAAUCUAUUAUACAUAGCAGAAAUUUGGGUAUUGAAUUAAAAACUAAAAUAGUAAAACAUGAGCAAACUGAAAAUGCAAUGAUUGGUCGACAAGAACUUGAACAAGAAUUGUUAAGAGUAAAGAAACUUUUGUCCCAAGUUGAAGAUGAACUACAAAAAGAAAUUCAGGAGAAAGUUGCUGCUAAAGAAGAACUGAAAAGUCUAAGAUCUGCUCUAGACACAUCCACAAUUGCUAAAACAAAACUUGAAAUGAAAGUGGAAGAACUGAAUGCUACAAAACAGAAAAUGAGCAGACGUCAUACAGAGUUUAAAGAUGAAAUUAUUAGGGAAUCAAAUCUUAGAGCAAGCCUUGAAGAAUCUCAUGCUACUCUUUUGACAAGACUUCAAGAUAUGGAGACAGUUAUUGAAGGCUUAAGAUUAGAGUGUUCAACACAUAUAUCUGGUGCUAACAGCUUGAAAGGAGAAAUAAUAAAUUUAAGGAAUGAUUUGGAAAGUGAAAAGUCAAGAAGAGAACAUAUGGAGAGAACUUAUCAUUCAAUCACUUCUGAAAAAGAUAGAUUACUACAGAAUGCAAAUAAUGUACAAUCAGAAAAUCGAAGGAUAUCUUGUGAUUUGACACGUCUGCAAGCACAGUACACUGAAUUGAUCAGGCAGCUUGAGCAAACACAAUUCAUCAUUGAUAGUUUAAGUAGUGAAAAUAAAACAUUAGAAGAGUUAAAACUUGACCUUCAAAACAAUGUUGAACACUUAACUUUUGAAGUAGAGAAACUUGUCAGGCUUAAUAAAGAUUAUGGUGAGAAUGAGAGUAAAUUAAAAAAGAGUAAUGCCACUCUAGUUGAAGAUCUUGAACAAAACAAAGUAGAACUGGAGACAUUCAAGAAAGCACAUAUUGAAGGAAAGAAGAUAAUUGACAAUUUAGAGCAUGAGCUAAAAGUAACUCAGCAAAGUCUGAACAGUAAGAACCAGGAGUUUAAGGUGGCAGCAGAUAAUCUUGAGUUAGAGCUGACUCGACUCAGAAAUCAACUGGAAACAAUGGAAACUGAGAAACAAAAUGUUCUGAAAGACAAGGAGACUCUUCUUGAAGAGGUCAAUCAAACUGUGGACUCUCUAAUGUCUGAUAGAUCAAGACUUCAGACAGAAGUUCAAAGUGGACGAAUUGAAAUAGACUCAUUAAGAUCUAUGUGCUCUAAACUGGAACAAGACAAAGUCUCACUAAUGGAAAGAUUAGGAUCAUUGCAACAUCAACAGGUUACACAGAAAAAAAUUGAAGAAACUCUGAAUGCCAUGAUGGAACAGAAGAAUAAAUUAGCUUAUGAGAAUGGCAAAUUACAAUCCACAAUUAAUCAGUUAAACCUAGAACUGGGAGAAAGUGCAAAGAAGAAAGAAGAUGUGAACCAAUUAAAAACACUGAAUCAAAGUCUACUGACUAAAUAUGCAAAGUGCCAGCAGGAGAUAUCAGAAUAUAAAAUCUCCUUACAAAGACUAGAGAGUCAAACAAAAUUAAUCUUGGAUGAUCUGUCACAGAAGGAAAUUGAGUUAAAAACAAUGCUGUUCAAAAAAGAGGAAGCUGAGAGUGACAGAAAGAAACUGAUGGCUCAGUUGGAAAUGCUGGAGGGCAGACAACUCCACAAGGUUUCAAAUUAUCAAAAAAACAUGGAGGAAGCCAAAAAUGUGAAUAAGGAAAUAGCCAGUACUCUUGAGGCUGUCAUGGCAUCACAUUCUCAGUUGCAGAAAAUUGCAGAGAACUUACAAAUGGAGCUUGGAAAACGUGACAGUUUAAUCAGUCAAUUAAAAUCAAGCAGAAACAAGGAGUCUGAAACAGUGAAACAAGAAAUAAAGAAGAAGGAAGAACAGCUGGAGACACUAAAAGAAGAAUUGAGAAAAGAAAGAGAAAAGAAUGUAAACAAAGCUAAUAAAGAACUUAUAGAGAUACGUAAACAGAAUGAGAACCUGUCUGACAGAAACCAAGAACUGGUCAAGUCCAAUACUGACCUGAGACACAGGCUAACAGAAAUAGAAAGGGAGAAAGAAGAACUCAAGACUAAACUUUCUGGCCAACACAAGAAGAUGGAGUACUUACACAAAGCUAAGAAACAGCUAGAAGAUAAUUUUAACAGAAUGAAGGCUGUUCGUGAAGAAAUAGAAGAAUUAGAAAAAAUGAGGAAUGAAUAUAUGAAGAAAAAUAAAGAACAGGGAGAGACUAUAGAUAAAUUUAUGAGCCAGAUUUUACUUCUGCAAGAUGAGAUGCGCCAGUUGGCUAGUGCACACAUGAGUGCUCAACAGUUACUUAAAAUGAAAGAAGAGGCAUUGGAGAAAGAGAGAAAGAUUAGGGAAGAAAUGAGAAAAAGAUACACAGAGAGCAUAAAAAGGGAAGAUGAAGUCAAUAAACAAUCUGAAAUGUCUAAUGAGAAACUGAAAGAAGCUCACAAUGAAUCUAUUGAGAUUUCCAAACAUUUGCAAGAAGCCCAUGACUGGUUCAAGGGCAAGUUUGACAAACUUCAGAAUGAGAUUACAGCAUCCAAACAGAUCCAUGCAAAACUAGAGACGGAGAACAUGGAUCAAAGAAGUAGCAUUGAGUUUGAGAGAUCAAAGGCCUUGGAUGCUGCAGAGAGGGCAAAGGAAAUGAUACAGACUAGCAGACAAACAAUCAGUAGAUUAGCAGACUAUGCUGAACUAGCAGACGCAGACACAAAACAACAACUUGCAGAUUUGAGAGCUGAGUUACUUAUCUCUCCAAGCCCAACAAAAUUGGGUUUGACAACAGAAAAAAGAGUUAUCUGAAAGGAACAUUUUUUUUUUGGAGCAAACUGAGUGCUCUGAUUGUACAUUCUGUGGCAAGUUUCUCAGCUGGAAUUUCAAUAAAAACUGAUGCUGGCAUUUCCUUAUACAGUUCUGUAAAGUGUACAUAGAUCUCUAUGAAGUGAAAUAUUAGAUCAAUCUUAAAUUCAACUGUGAUAUUAAGAUCUAAAUUAUUAUUUUGCUUGAAUUAAAUCAGCAAUAGUUUUCAAGAUACAGCAUUUCAAUUCAUUUAAUUUGGAGUGGAAGCUACAAAUUCUAAAGAUAAUCACUUCAGUCUAAUUCAUGUGAGCAUGUCAUGCAAUCACAGUGGUUCUAAGGUAAUCACUGCAGUCAAGCUAGAUGUGAGCAUUUCAUUGCAAUUAAAAGUAGAAAUCAUACUCAUAUCUGCAAUAUCAAAAGAUAUAAAUAGGAGCAACAUUCCAGACUUGUAUCUUGGCUGUCAAGUAUCUAUUAGUUUACUGCAUUACUUGUGUUUUUUGUAUUAAAGUUUUGUAAGGGCUUGUAAAUAAAUAAAUAGUCAAAUGCUGUAACACUACAGAUAUAGAUAUAGGGCACUUUUUUUUCCCAAUACUAUAUGGUGGUAGCACUGAUUUUAAUAUUGUAGGAUGUUAUAGAAUACAGGUUAUUAGAUUUGAUCCUUUUCUUUACAUUUUAAAAAGAUUUAAUGGCCUACUUAGAUUUUAGAUCUUGUUUAAAGUUUGUCUAAAAUUUUCUUAUGAAGUGCUUUUUAGUUUUUCUUACCUGGACUUAUGACCCUACUUCUGAUCAUUUUUAUUCUCCUCCUUAAAAGACUGACCCCUAUGGGCCACAGAACUAUAGGAUGUAAAAUAAAUAAUCUGAAAGCAAGAACUACCUCAAAAGUUUAUCUGACCUUUAUUGAACUGGGGCUGCUUAACCAGGGGAAAUACUGCAUUCCUCAAUAAUCUUUGGACUGGAAGACAAAAUAUUAUUAUAAUAAAAUUAAAUUAGACUUAUUGUAUUCAUUAUUAUUGGCAGCUACUUAUCAGACAGACUUGGUAUACUUAAAUUUUCCACAUUAUAUAAUCAGCAUUAUCUUUGUAUUCUGAAUAAAUAUUUCAAGUGCAUCUGUAUUUGAUAAUCACUAACCUUUCUUUUGAUCAGGUAAAUGGUGAUUUUCUUGUAAAGAAAUAUUUUAUUCCUAAAUGUGUCUUUAAUAAUAUUUGUGAGUCAUUUGAUGUGUGUCAUUUGAUAACAAAAUAUACUCAUAUAUUCUGUGUUCUUGUUUUUAAUGUAUUUGUUUUAGUGUUUUUAAUAAGGAAUUUGUGUAAAAAUGCAAACAAAAUUAUGAACUCCUGAUGUGUACAAUGAAGGAAUUCUCUUCCUUUCAAGACACCUGCAGUAAUGCACUUAGAGAUUAUGGCAUCCAAGAGAAGCCUGUGCACUUUCUGUCUUUACUCAGGACUAACUGUUAUCUAGAAGAUCAAUUCUAAAAAUAAAAUAAAAGGAAAAGAAAACAAAGUUUUUUUUAUGCCAUUUCAAAUGAACAUUUUAAUGUUCUAUGUACAUAUUUCUUUCCAAACAAUAACAGCCUACACACAUAGGAUUACAUUGAUGUAAUUCAAACAAUUCCUCUUUAGUCAAAAAAGUUUUGAAACCAACUAGAUCUAUACAAUAUCAUGGUAUGGGUUUCAAUGUGGAUGUAAUUCUAGAUAAUUACCUCAGAACUUAAAGAUUGAAAAUAGUUUAGUGACUUCAUGCCACACACAAAGCUGCAACAUCAAAGUUUCAUUUUAGUUGUACUGUCAUUCAGAUGGUGAUAAUAAAUGAAAGCAAAGACAUACGUUGGUUGAAGCAAAUUCUACUUUUAAUACCAAUGAUGUGAUGCUCCUCUGCUAUGUGGUUCUUAAUUUAUUUUUUGAAUUAGCAAUGUUCACAAGUUGACUAAUCAACUUCAAAAUGACAGUACAUUCUAGCUUUGAGAACAAGGGGCAUGAUAUUCUAGUAAUAUUGUAUACAAUGAAACAGUCAUAAGGUUUAAACAAACAAGAAAUGUGCAACAGUGUGCUCAGUUAACUUCUUUCAAAACAACAAAACACAAAAAAAAAUAGUUAACUUAAUGUAAAUACCUGCCCUAGUGUAGCCGAUUCCAAUUUCAAUUUAAAAAAAUGAUAGAAUUAAAUAAAACAAUUCUUUAAAACAAGGUCACUUCAUCAAAAAACAUACAGAUAAAUACAUGUACAUUAUCACCAUCGCUUUAGACAAUAUCUUGAUAUCAAAUAUUUCAAUUGAAGAUAUUAUCUUUAUCAAUGGCUCACACAAAUAGACACAAUUUAGAUUAAGGUGUUAAAGUCUUUGGCCCUAUUUCUUCUCUUAGGAUGAAGCAAAAGCAAAUAUGUAACACCUAUGUAGCUUUGUAUCUGUCCCAACAAUGUUAUGCACUAAAACCUUUUAAAUCAGUGAUUAAUUGAUUUCUAUUUUAAAAAAAACAACAAAAGUUUACAAAUAAUGUCAGCUGUAAACACUGUUCUGGUCAGUGUCAAUGUUUGUUAAUAACAAAUUAUUACCCAAAUACCUCAAUUCAUAGCACAGUAAUUAAAAAGAAAUUGAUAAAACUCAAACAUUGACCAUUAGUGUUGCACUACUAAAAACUCAACAUGAUCAGUCUACUUAAAACAAGAUUUGAGGCUACAAGUUUCUUGUCAAACAAACUAGUUUGCUUAGUAACAAUUGAUAGAACCAAUAUGGCUAAGC